CACAUUCACAAGCAAUAUUUUCUAACCUUUAUUCUAAAUAAUUAUAAAAUUAAUUAACAAGGACCUCAUGAAAAAUCACUCGAGUGUUGUGACAUGGUUAUUUAGUGGAUUUUAAGUUGAGUUUCAGUGAUAACCUUUCAAGAUUUAUAGGGAUUUAUUGACAAUAUCUAGUUUUAAGUGUUCUAAAUAGAGUUGAUACGAAAUCAAUUUUUUCUUGUCUCUUUUUUGCUCAAAAACGUCGCGAGAUCUGAUAGCUUUAAAUUUCGACAAAUAAUACAGAAUUUCGAUAAUAAUAGUGAUAUCUGUUGAUUCUUAGUGAAAUAAUUUUCGCGUUACUGGUGGUUGUGAUUUACAGGCAAUACAAAUUUCAAAUAACUGAUUGAGCAAAGAACUGUGUUAUUCUACAAGCCAUAAGGAAAAGGAGUUUUUGGAAAAGUUCAAAUAAAGAGUUGGAUCUGGAUUUUUUGGAAAAACGGCAUCAGCACCAACAGCAAAAUUCGACAACGGGAGGUGUUAAAGAUGACCAGUGUUCACCGGUCGAGACCAGUCCCGAAUACAUGGACUUGGUCAAGAUUAUUUUGUUGGGAGCUCCCGCCGUGGGAAAGACUAGCAUAAUACAGCAAUUCGUCCUUAACCAAUUCCAAGAAGACUAUCUACCAACUGACAGAAAGUACACCUACUAUCCCACAGUGGUCACCAACGAACGAUGGUACAAAGUGAAAAUUUCCGAUUUACCCGUUAUCCCUUAUUUUCCUGUUAACUCUUUUUACGAAUGGGCCAACUACAGGUAUUAUGGUCUUCGUAGUGCCACCGCCUACAUCUUAGUGUUCGACCUUAGCAAUAUAGACACCUUCCAGUACAUCAAAACCUUAAGGGAACAAAUCUGCGAAAGCCGCAACAUGCAAAACGUACCAGUCCUGGUUGUCGGCAACAAGGAAGAUCUCAUAGUGUCUGAAGAUGUCCCGGCGGCGAGUUCGAAACCUGCAAUUUUAAGUUCGAGCGAAGAAAAACGUCGUGACAUCGUGAAUUUAGUAAAGAAGCAUUGGAAAUGCGGCUACAUAGAAUGUAGCGCCAAAUACAAUUGGAGAGUCAUGCAUGUUUUUAAGGAGCUAAUGAAUAUGAUUGAAAAUAUUUCUAGUAGGGAUCAGAGUCCGAUGUUGGAUAAUAUCCAAGAGGCUCUGGAUAGGAAUAAGUGCGUUGUUAUUUAGGGGUUGUUCAAUUUUAAGAUUAGGUGUAAAAUGAUGUGGCAGCGUUGGAGAAUCAGAUUUGGGGAAACAGGCAAAGCUUAACAAUUUGUUAUAAAACCUUUAUAAAGACUUCUGAAUUUUAUUUUUAUUCAAUAUAAAAUCGGUUUAUUUGAAAACUAAUUGUGCUCUUACCUCAAACUUAAGAUUUUUUUAUUUAUUUUGAAAAUAAAAUUUACAAAAAUCCACAACUGUUGAAUAAUAUCAACAUUAUUAUUUUUGUUUGCGGUUAAACAAUGUAAUACAUUACUCGUUCCUGAAGAGUAAGACAUUACUAAUCAACUUGUUUUUGUCGUAAAUUCGAAUUGUCCAAAAUAAACAAAAAAGUAGUUUUUGAGAAAUUUUGUGAAAUAUAGUCGUAUAAAAAGUAUGUUACUUAGUUACUCUCAUGUACUUAUUUAAAGAGCUAUUGGGCAUGGGGAUGGGGCAUUCUUAUUAAAUAAAUAUAUUGAUAAACAGCUGAUAUAGUUAUUCUAAAUCAUUGCAAUGUGAUAAAAUUAUAGUAGACAGGACAUAAAUACUAUGCAUUAUUAUUAUUGUUUUUUUUUUCAAUGUUCCACCUCUAAUCUUCCAAUUAUUAUAAUAUAUUAUAUCCUGUAACAAUAUCCAUUUUCAAUUUAAAAUGUUUGUUACCUAUGUCUUGCUUUUUUGUCAACUUUUUUAGUAUUAUUUAUACUUUAAAACUAAGAUUUUCAGCAAUUUAUUUCACUAUAGAGUUGGUACAUUGAAUAAAACUGGAUCGAAACUAAAAUUUUUCUAGAAAAUUCUACACUUUUGCUCCCCAAAAUUAAAACACCGAUGUAGGACAUAACAUACAACACAGAGAUUUUCACUUUACUUUGACCAAAGUCUCUUUGACCUCCCUCUGACCCUUUUUAGUCAAGUUUACAAAAACUGUUUCAUUCAAAAGUUAUUUGGUCUAAACGAAGUUUUCCCAAUUUGAAAAACAGGGUGUACUGUCACGCAAUGUAAACUGCUCCUAGGUAUAAAUAUUACUUCCAUAUUUAAAAAUUUUUGUUGAGGCCAAAUAACUUUAGUAUUGAAGUUUUAUUUUGUAAGCCGAAAGAAUUAUUUUACAUUAAAUUAUUCUAUUUCAAUCUCACACACUGUAAACGCACACAGUUUAAGUGAGUUAUAUUAGUUGAAACCACAAAUGGCGGUAUGUGCAUAUCAUGUGUGAAAAAAGCACUCCGUCACAUAUUUGAUUUACGUUUUGGUGCCUAGAAAUAAGAUACAUUUGCUGAAAUCGAUUAAUUGUUAGAACUAUAUAUUGUACGUAUUUAUAUUGACAAUCUACAUUAACGCAAUACAAUUUUUUUUUUAAAUAUUUAAUUAAUUAUUAUGUAUAAAUACCUACGUACUUACUAUUGUAAUAAAAUAUUUGUAUACAUAAACUACGUAACUUUUCGGUUGUGAAUAAAAUGUUUCCACUCUUUUUCUCUGUUAGGUAUCAUUUAAAGAUAUGCCAAAUAAUUUCGAUGGUUGUAGCUUUUAAGAGUUGAGAUAAAAUAAAUGACGUAAUUGCA